AUGCGUCGAGCCCGACGGGUGGCCGCCCCGGCGGCGGCGUGCGUCGCGGCCAAGGUCGCAUGGGACCUCAGCCGGCCAGCAGCGGCCGAGAGCAGUGGCGACGGGCCCGUGGUCCGUCGCAGCUCUGUCACUGACGACGUCAAGUGGCGCGGCAUCGCUUGGUCACCCCGCGGUGUCCCUGAGCGAGAGCACCAGAUCGAGGCGCUCAAGUCAGGCAAGCCGUUCGAUGUUCUAGUCAUCGGUGCUGGUGCCACUGGUUGCGGCGUCACGCUCGACGCCGCCACGCGCGGACUCAAGACUGCCUGCGUGGACAAGGGCGACUUUGCGUGCGAGACCUCGAGUAGAUCGUCCAAGCUGCUUUGGGGCGGGAGCAAGUACAUUGCUACGGCGGCGGCCUCCCUCUUCUCCUGGGGCACGCUGUCCGACCCUAUCGGCGCGGUGAAGGCCUUCUACUCGGAGAUGAAGAUGGUCUACAACUGCCACCAGGAGCGCACCUUUAUGAUGGAGACCCACCCCCACCUUGUCAACUGGAUCCCGCUCGCCAUCCCAAUCCGCGAGUGGCAUCCGGCACCUAGAUGCUCCGUUCAUACCCUCCUCGCCACGAUCAUGUGGGAGCCCGUGCUCGACCACCCGCUCUUCAUGAUCUUGCCGCUGAUCGCGCCGCUCUUCACCAAGUUUUACGACUCGCUCUCCUUCUUCCAUUGCCCACCGUCGUACGCCGACGACCUCAAGUAUUGCGCGGUGCUGCACGAGGGGCAGCACAACGAUGCGGCUGCGGGCGCUGUCUGGUACCGGAUCUGCUUCAUCACGGGCGGCAAGUGGACCACCUACCGCGAGAUGGCAGAGGACACCGUCAACCGCGUCAUCAAGGAGAAGGGCUUCAAAGACGUCGGUCCGUGCGUCACGCGCCACCUCCCGCUCAUCGGCUCGGAGAACUUCAAACCGGGCUACCGUGGGCUGCGCUCGAAGACCAAGGAGCCUCUGCACCGUCGAGACGUGGCCGAGCACCUCGUCCGCGCCUACGGCUGGCGCGCACUCGACAUAUCGUGUGGUGUGUUUGCUGCAGGCUACCCCUUCAUCGAGGAGGAGGUGGAGUACUGCUGUGGCGAGUACUGCCGUAGCGUCAAGGACAUGCUCUCGCUGCGGAUGCGGCUCGCGUACAUCAACUCGGAGGCGGCCAAGGAGGCUGCCACCGCGUACAUGAAUGAGUUUGGCGGGCCGGUCCCCGACAAGUCGGGUGCCAAGCUCCGCUCGGCCACCUUGUCUUCAGGCGCUCUCGGUGUAGCUGAGCUUGACGCCGACGGCUCCGGCUACCUCGACAUGCGCGAGGUCGGUCAGGCCGCCUCUCGGCUCGGCUUCCCCUUCGCGAACUCCAAGGAACCGUCGGAGCUGACCGCGUCCUUCGAGCUGAUGGACAGCACGAAGUCGGGCCGCAUCACGGAGCCCGAGUUCGUCGAGUGGUGGAACGGCAAGGGCGACAGCUUCCACAAGCAGUUGCACGACAGCCUCAAGGCGCCCUUGCACGCGCCGUGGCCCCGAGAGCGAACGUACGAGCUGGUCCUGGCAGCCCUUCGUGCCGGCUUUCGUGGCAUCGACACGGCGUGUCAGCCCAAGCACUAUGAUGAGGCGGCCGUUGGUGCAGCGCUAGAGACCUCCGGCCUGCGGCGAGCUGAUCUGUACGUGCAGACCAAGUACACGCCACUGGCGGGCCAGGAUCCCGAUCGUCUGCCGUACGAUGCUGCAGCAGAGGUGGAGGAGCAGGUGAAGCAGUCGGUCGCCGCGUCGCUGCGCAACCUGCGAACCGACUACCUCGACUGCCUCCUGCUCCACUCGCCGCUGCCGUCGCACGAGCAGACACUGCGCGCCUGGCGGCAGAUGGAGGCGCACGUGGCGGCGGGCGAGGCGCGGGCUCUCGGUCUCUCGAACCAGUACGACGCGGCCGCCCUGGAGCGGCUCUGCGAGGAGGCCUCCGUCAAGCCGUCCGUCGUGCAGAACCGGUUCGUGGAGGAGCACGGCCGGCACGACGUCGCCGUGCGCGCCGUCUGCGAGCGGCACGGCGUGCGGUACCAGGCCUUCUGGGCCCUGACGGGCAACCGGCGCAUCUUGCAGGGGCGCGCCGUGCGCGAGGUGGCGAAGGCGCACGGCGCGUCGGCCGAGCAGGUGUGGCUGAGCUUUGUGCAGGCGCUCGGUAUCACCCCGCUGAGCGGCACGACGGAUCCGAACCACAUGGCGCAGGACCUCGCGUUGCCUGCGCUGAGCGCGGCAGAAGUCGAGCGGCUGCAGCAUCUCAUCGGCUGAUCGUGACAUGUGCGUUCGAGGCUUGUGCGGAGGGUUAGAGUAUGUAAGGUUCCGAAAGCCGAUCCA